UCACAGCACGUCUACAGAAUCAUGGCAGCUGCAAAGCCAAAAGGACAGAACUCCCUGGCCCUUCACAAAGUGAUCAUGGUGGGCAGCGGAGGAGUGGGGAAAUCCGCCCUUACCCUCCAGUUCAUGUAUGACGAGUUCGUCGAAGACUAUGAGCCGACCAAAGCCGACAGUUACAGGAAGAAAGUGGUGCUGGAUGGAGAGGAGGUGCAGAUUGACAUCCUUGACACAGCCGGCCAGGAGGACUACGCAGCCAUCCGGGAUAACUACUUCCGCAGCGGGGAGGGAUUCCUCUGCGUGUUCUCCAUCACAGAGCUGGAGUCGUUCGCGGCAACGCGGGCUCACCCUGACCUGUCCCACAGGGAGCAGAUCCUGCGGGUGAAGGAGGACGAGAACGUGCCCUUCCUCCUGGUCGGCAACAAGUCGGACCUGGACGACCGACGGCAGGUCACCGCCGAAGAGGCCAAGGCGCGCGCCGAGCAGUGGGGGGUGUGCUACGUGGAGACCUCCGCCAAAACCCGCGCCAACGUCGACAAGGUGUUCUUCGACCUGAUGCGAGAGAUCCGGGCAAGAAAGAUGGAGGACAGCAAAGAAAAGAACGGGAAGAAGAAAAGUAAAAGUCUGGCCAAGAGAAUCCGAGAGAGAUGCUGUAUUUUAUAG